CUGUCCGUCUGUGCGUACUCCCCCCACCUGAUUCCCUAUUUUUUUUACCACCAUGAACAUUCCUCGAUCGUCAUCAGGCACGUUGCCAGCAACUUCUCGUCGUAAGAAAUCCUUGGCCAAGAGUCUGUAUUCAUUUGGAUCGCUUCCAUCCUUUUGCCUUUUUUCCAAACGCGCAUUGCUCAAUGAAAGAUCCCUACCGCAUGAGGUUAUACCCUAUUUUUAUCCCGCCAAUCUACCGCUUGAUCUUCAAAUGAUCGUGGUGGGCGCCAUCUCUUCUCUAUCGGAGAUGCUGAAUGACUUUGCUUGUCGUUUAGACGAAGACGAUUCCGACGUAGAUAGUAUCGAUGCAUGUGACUCUGAUAGUGGUAGUAGCCAGGAUGGACGUGGUGACAGCGACGAAGAGGAUGAUGAUGACGGAGAUGGUGAUUCAUUAAGUAACGGUUUGGACGAUGAUGCUGGUCAACUGGAAGAUAUUCAAGCGUCUUUUCGCAUUCUCGCCUUGGAUGGGUUCAAGGUCGCGGUUUGGGAUGAGCUUUGUGACGGGGUUCUCCUGCAUCGAACAGGCGCGAAACGACCAAAAGGAGAUAUUUGUUUGGCUAUCAUCGUAUCCUAUGCAUUGCCCGACGUGUUGAUCUCUACCCACCUAGAACAUGUAGCGAGAUAUUUGCAUUUUUGGCGCGGCAAGAUCAGCAUUCAGCAUACGCGACACAUUGAGGAUCUAGGAAGAGAACUACAUGCUCCCAUCCUUUUUUGGUUUGGUGAUGUAGGGCGGCAUGGAUCAUCCUCGCCAACCGAGCAUCGAGCGUUUGGAGCCUUGCCAGGUCUGAUGAUUAAACAAACAUCAGGAUUAUCACCCAAAACGACGGUUGAAAAAUCAAAAGCCCUGAUUGACAGUAUUCAUGAGUUCAAAAAAGCCGAACUAACCCCUAAGCCGAUCGCCAUAGGCAUGGAUAGACUCGAUGUGAGAGUCCAUACGCUAGGAGGCAUGGUGACUUACCAUAGAGGGUGAGCUACCAAGCGCUUACCGGACGGCCGGAUGGGUUGGGUGAACGAAUUGUAUUAACUGACAUUGUAUUUCUAGGUUACUCUAUGGUGAUACCCCGUGUAACGUGAAUCUAAUGCUACGAACCGUGUUACUUGAGACUCAUUUCCGAGACAACCCCGAUAGCAUUGUGCUACAACGUGUUCACUUGGCGUCAGACAAACUGCAGCAAUGGAUGCCUAACGAUGAACCAUUUGAUGAGGACACCGAAUGUCUGCAUCCGUAUACAUGUAUAUGGUGCCUGGAGCCAUCUACCUUGGUUGUUUCACUGUUGCUGGCUGUCUCAACGCCUUCUGGUAUAGUGGGUGACAAUG